ACGUAGCUAGACCGGCUGACGCCCGCAGCUCAGCUACCGAAGCAGGCUUUUUAUCGCGAAGGAUUUCAUGCUACCGCCGCUCGUGCACAUCAUUCCUUCUCAAUCGUCUCUCUGGUGCCGUCGGGUGAUGAGCUUAUCGUGUGGUGCACCGAACACCGCUACCGUCGAGCUCCUGUUGUGUGGAGACGCCAGCCAAUUCCGGUCCUUUAUGAUACCUGGUAUAGAAUCUUGGUUCGCUUGUCAAAAUACGGCACCAGUGAAAUUGAAAUUUAAUUACCAGUUGCUAUCUAUUUCGGGUAUUAAUUGACUUAACGUUCGAGCCCUGUUCCACUUUUGUGUAUGCAUUUAAAAGGGGGAAAUAAAUUAAGGGUAUAGUAAAAGCCGCACCUGAAGCUUCAAUUUCCCGUCCAAUGUCGAAUAGAAAGUUCCUGUGAUCUCUGGAAAAAGUUCCUUUCUUCUGGAUUAGGAGCAUCUGUGAGGUGAGCCACGCAGCCAUCAAGUUCACGAUAGCCAGGCCAUCUGUCGCAGCUGUUGUUGUGGCGCAGGUAACGGGCACAGCAGGCAUCAGGAGCCUGCUGGACGAGCUGACCAUGCAGUCCUCUAGCGGCCACGAAGGCGGAGUGACAUUACAAAAAACUGUGCCUCUCACUGACGUUGAUUUCGGGGAAGGCGAACCGUACUUGGAUAAUGACGAAGAUGUUCGUUAUUUAGGGCGGCUUAGACAACAGAAAGAACGCAAGAAACGCGCCGUGUCCAAAAUGGAGUCUGAAAAUACGUAUGACAACACGGAUGCUGUGUUUCCGAGCACCAGCAAGGAUGGAGAUGCGAAUGUGAACGAACAAGAAGUGGAAGACAAAGAUAGCCUGGAUGAUGGCGAGAACUCGGAAAGUUCUGUAAGUGACGACGGUAGUGAGGAAUUAUCCGAGUCUGGAUCAGUGCAAGACAAUAAGAAGUCUUCUGCAAAAGUACAGUCGGUGAGCGAACGCUUGUCACGCGACGCACUCAGUUUAAAGCGCCAUCAACUGCGCGACGUACACACAUUGCGCGGUGACAAAGAUCGAGGUCGCCGCGACGAUCGCCGAUCAAGAAAACUCGACGAUCGCGGAACAAAAAACCAAUCGAAAAGCAAGUCGAAGCGCGACGAGUCGCGCAGAAGAGUCGGCGAUCCAAGAAAAUCUUUCAAAGCGAGCCAUGAGCUGUACGGCGAAGAGUAUCCUACCAAAUUCACUUUGCCUCCCCGGUCUCCUACGUUCUCCUUCCGCUCUACUAUUGACCUGCUGCCUUCCUCUCAUCGACGACAAGGUCUGCGGCAGCAGAUAAUAGUGACGUUUUCCUGUUGUUUGGGCCCACUCGCCUGUGGAUUCGCAAUGGCCUACAUCUUCGCAAUUCAUCCCGGGAUUAUCCUCGGCAUCGACAUCGGAGUUUGGCGCACCUACACUUACCUCUUGGGUUGCAUUGGAGGAGGAUUGUUCUCAGGACUCUUGGUGAACAUGGGCAGGAAGAUGACGAUGCUGUUCACCAUGACGCCCUUCGCCUUAUCCUGGCUUGCCGUCAUCUUUGCCACUGACGUGUGGAUGUUGCUGCUGUUCCACGCGACAGCAGGCGCGUGCACCGGCCUCACGCUGGUCCUCGCCCAGGUCUACGUGGCUGAGGUCUCCACGCCCGGUGUCAGGGGCGGCAUAUCGUGCGCUUCGCUACUCGCCUUCCAGGUUGGCUCUUUACUCUGCUACUCCCUUGGUAACGUGAUGGUAUGGCGGCAUUUAGCCGCCGUUGGUAUGGGCAUCACUUUACCCUUCUUCGUGGCCGUGGUGCUCUGCAUGCCCGAGUCCCCUCGUUUUCUGGUCCACGUGCGACCUAAUGACGCCCUCGCAACCCUCCAAUGGCUGCGAGGGUUCGAGGGCGACGUUAUGGACGAAUACCGAGACAUUGCCGACAGUUCCGAGACCGAUCGUUGGAGCAUCGACUUGGAUGACCUGUCCAGACCUACGUUUUGGCGACCUUUGCUCCUGUCGUGUGGACUUAUGUUUUUUUACAGCAUGACUGGAGUUGCGAGCUUUGGAACGUAUGCGACCGAAUUGUUCGCAGAUGUUUCUUAUUAUCCCAUCAACGUCGCCCACUACAUCAACACAACAAUAAUCAUCGUUGGGAUUGUCAUUGCUUCCAUAUUGGUUGAUCAGAUUGGUAGGAAACUUGUCUUGCUCCUCUCAAUUACAAUUAUGGCAGCGUCUGCAUUUACAAUUGGCCUCUUUAUGUUCUUGAAAGAUUAUAACAGAGUUGAGAGCUACUUUGAAUACCAAUGGGCCGCUGAAGUGUUCUGCGUUGUACUUUUCACCUUCGCACACGGCGUAGGAAUGGCGCCCAUCUCCUGGAUCACCAUGGGCGAAGUUUUCGGACCGCGACACAAAUGGAUCGGAGUUACAUUUUCCUCGAUGGUGUUUUGGGCAUCCAUGAUCGGUGUGGAUGUUAUCUUCCAGCACCUGCGACAUGCUGUGCUCACGGGAGGAAUCUUUUGGUUCCACUGCGUGAUGUGCGUGACGGGUUACAUCUUCGUCCUUCUUUGCUUCAGGGAACUCAAGGAGCAAAGAAUCGAUGACAUCACCAAGUCGUUCACUAAGAAGCACGACAGCUUAAUGGAUACCUUCAUCGCACGGCCUUGAGCAAAUAUAAAGCGGUAUUUAUUUUUAGCAGAUGAACUAAUGUAAAUAUGUAUACUUCUACCCUUAAUGUAAACCCCCCAAAAAUUGUAUGGUUCUUAGCACUUCUAAAUGGCGUAGGGUAAUCGUUUCAUCAUUAUUUCACUUAGAAGCCGAGGACGUUUGUUAAUUGUCAAAAGUAUUAGUACAAACCGAAAUCCUCAAGAAAUUGUUCAUUAUGGUCAUCUAUUUUGCCUUCAGUUUGUGUUUGAUUUUAAUGUUAUUAUUUAUACUAAUUUAUCAGGAGUAUUAUUACUGUAAGUUUAAAUAGUCUCUCGUAUAACGUCAAGUCAAACGAUUUGUUUGCGAUGGAGAAAAUUAAUUUAUGUUUUCAUGCGGAAAAUUUUAAAGCCACUGAUAUUUUUUACUUAACUUGCGACUCUUGAGACGUAAAGUAAAUUUCCAGGAGAUUAAGAGUACGUCAACAACAAUUAAUUAUCAAUAUCAUCAGCUCAGCUCUUCAAUUUGUCGCGUACCUACCGCUGGCGUUUUCAGAUCGAUCAUUGAGGUUAUCUUCUCCGUGGAGCACAAAUUGAAAAUCAAUUGUCUUCGUUUACUUAAUCAAUUGGUCAUCUGUUUUUAUUUUUAUUUUAGGACCGAUUAAAUUUAUUGUUUUCUAAUUUGUAUUUUUAGUCUAUUAGCGUAAGGUUAAACCAAAGACCCAUUGUUGUUAUUUGUUGACUCAUUAAAUGCCUUUAAUUAUUU